AUGACCUCUGGUCACCCAAUAUGGGUAUAUGAGCGCGGGCCAGAAUGCACUCAUAUUGACAUUUCUUUGGCAGCAUUCGUCAUUCAAAUAUCGAAGAAGGGAGGCAUCUGCGGGUUCUUCUCCAGUUUUGAUCCACGAACGGUUACCUCCGAAUGUCGAGCGUCAGAUAUAUUUGAAUCCAUAGCCGGCUGGCGCAUCCUUUACGACGCUACAUUCAAGAGCCAAAAAUCGCAUCUAAAUAUCAGAGGCGUGUUCUUGGUCUG